CCCCCUUAUCCAGUUGCUGAUAACAAAAACUGAUUCAUGACUUUACCAACUUCCAUGACUUUUAAGUUGGAAUUUAGAAGUCUCUCAUUUGCCGGACAAACUGCCAUGAAUCAAGCCGAUCCUCUCAUCCCAUGUCCAUGUCGGAUAGUCAUAAAGCGCCCAAAUCUAGCGAUGCCCCCACGUCAACGAAAGCAUAACAAAAUAUUAUGGAAACGGGACGGAACGGAAUCAUAGCUAUCGAUUGCAGUCCCCCGGUGCCUUACUGCACCAGUUCAUUCAAAACAAUCGCACGAUAUUUGAGAAAAAAGAAAAAAAAAGGCCCCAUCCUAUGCCUCUUAAUGUUUUAGUGCUUCGCUGCCUCUCGCAGGAGCUCCGUGAUGCGACAUCCACGUUGGAGUCCAAAGAGAAUAAUAUUAUCGUGCGAGACUCCCAAUGGACGCCCCUUAAACAAAUGUUUCCAGACUCCGUACGCAAACGUAUGCAUCUAUAUAUGCAAAUAGCGACUUGUCCCUUCCUCUUCCUCCUGGGAUAAGCUUUGCAGAAGCUCCGCCACCUAUUAGAGCACUGCACCUUCAAGUUUCGGAGCUUACUAUGCCAUGGCAUCUCCACCUCCUCCUCAUCAAACCCCUUCAGGCGACUACUACUACUUUGUCGUGGCUGUCGCUGCUGUUGCAGUCUUGCUCUUGGUAUGGAACGUGAUCGCAGUCGGCUGUUGCUCUACAUGCAGCAUCAUUGAGGCUAUUCGGAGAAUUCUCCGGUCCCGGGGACCUUCGGCCGGUGAAACCAAUGACGAACAGAUCGGAGAGCUAAUUCCGGUGUGCAAGUAUCGCAAAGAGCAGGCUCAAGAGCAUGAGUGUUCGGUAUGCCUGUCGGUCUUUGUCGACGGGGAAGAUGUCCGGCAGCUGCCCAACUGCAAGCACUCGUUCCAUGCUCCUUGCAUCGAUAUGUGGCUCUACUCUCAUUCCAAUUGUCCCCUUUGCCGUGCUGUUGUUCUGGAGCGGCCGCCAUCCCGGUACCAGACUGGCGGCGGUGGCAGCGGCGGCGAGGCCUCCAUGCGGCGGCACCCAAUCGAACCCAUGGGCACCGCCGGCUUGAUUGUUGUUCUUAUGUAAAUAAUUUUGUCUACUUGCUGAUGGCUUGCAUGUAUUUGGAGAACAAUGAUAUAGCCUCUGAGAACUUAGAGAUUCAUCAAUUUGAGAUCAAAAGUUCUUCUCACACAACGAUUCCCUUCUUUUUCUUUUUGGCUUUUGAGAGUAGUCCUCCUCAGGUAGGUGAUUCAUGAAGAGAUUUGCUGCAGGUAAAGAGAAGGUUAGGAUAUGUGGUGGUAUCAUUGUAGGUCCACCAGGUUAUUCAGACUAGGUGCUAAUCUUGUUUGAUUGAAAAUUCUAAUCCUUUAAGCAAAUAAAUAAAUGGACAGACCAACCAUUCUCAUCAAAUGAUUGCAUUCAUUAGUUUAAAACCAAUCCAUCAAAGGUUGAUGCCAGAUUGACAGCUACUGAUAGGAACAUAAUGAAAUAAGCAGGCAGUGAUCUAGCACAGACGACCAAAGUAUGCUCUGAUAAUUUCAGCACUAAAACAGGGAUAAAGAUUGAAAGAGAGUACUGGCAACUCAAAAACAAAUGAAAGAAAAGAAUAUGUUUAUAGUGAUGGAAGCCCAAACACGAAUUUACUGAAUCAUUCCAAUAUG